CCGGAGGGGAGAGAGCAGGAAGAAAGGCGGCCCCAGCAGCAACGGCCAGCUGCACGCCGAGAGGAACAAGAAGAAGAAGAAGAAGAAGAAGAAGGAUGAAGAGGACCUGUGGAUCUCUGCUCAGCCCAAGCUGCUCUUGCUGGACAAGAGACCCUCCUUGCCCGUCUAG